AUGCCGCUAUACGGACUGAUUCAUACGGGCGAUCAAACCCAGGACGACAUCGAUCCUCAACAGUCGUGGGGAUCUGGUGGCCUGCGGAAUCAACCGUUGUCAGGAGCCGGUGGUCCUCCGCUUCAAGAGUCAUCGGCAGCGCGUGUGGUGCGGGGAGAGGAACUCGACCCGGUCUCAGCGGAGGUGGCUAGGAUGCAGCGAUCCAUCAACCGGAUGAUGACCCUGAUGGAGCAUUCUCAGAUUUUUCAACCGCCCCCUCCUGUUCAUGUCCCCCCUCCGAUGCCGAAUGAUCAUGCUCACCUCGUCGUUCCCCCUCAUUUCCAAUCUCAACCGCAGAAUCCCAUCCAUUUCGCGGAGCUUCCCCCGACGAAUCCCUUUCAGCGGCCCGGGGUUCCUCCAGCUCAAACUCAGCAAGCUCCAUCCGACCCGGUUUUUCAGGAUCAAUCGCUGCAGGAGGAGAACCUGCCAACGCAACCGGAACCCCCGAAACUCAAGGAUGUUUUCUUCUCAGGGGAACCGGGCCAUCUCUCGUUUCUCAGGACGAUCAGGGACUUUCUUCGUCAUAACACGGGGUUCACUUCCGAGAAGCGAUGA